UUGUAUUUUCUUGACACUGAAGCUAGCCUGCUUCCGCAACUAGCUUACUUCUGGGAGCUGCGACUACACAAGGGUCGUACAAAAUAAUAAAAUAUUAGUGUUACUGCCAAAAGUUACUAGAUUAGUGUAAACGUUUUAGUAAUCCAUCAAAGUCUACAUCAAUUCAAGAGGUUUACCGGGGACAUCCGAAAUCAGCCCAACGCAGUCUGGAUAUGACAGUAACGUUAUUUCCGGUUUAGGAUAAACUUUUGCUUUAGUUUAUAAGCCGUGUAAAGUUAUUUUGCAAGAUGAUAGGAACUGAUACGUUUAAAAUGAGAUUUGAAGUGUUCAAAGACUUGGUUCCUGUCCUCACGAGCGGGAUUCUAAUCGUGACACUUGUAUCGUGCGUGUUGUUUGGCAUCCAAACAUACUUCAGCUUCACUGAGGGGGUCUUCAGUGUUGGGGCCACCGUGUUUCAGCAUGGACACCUCCACAGACUCUUGACGUACCCUUUCUACCACAAAACCUCUGCUCAGCUUCUCCUGAACAUCACAGCCCUGGUGUUUCUGAGUGGCAGUCUGGAGAAAGGUGUUGGCACUGUCCGCUUCCUGUUCCUGUUCCUCCUGCUGUCCACCACCACAGGCUUGUUUUACAGCUUCCUGGAUCUGAUGCAGAGUGACGGCAGCCACAGUCACACAGAGGGGUUGGUUCCUGUGGUCCUGGCAUGUGUGGCUCUAACUACCAUGCACACAAAAAUGACCAAGAGCUUCCUGUGCGGAGUGAGUUUCCCCACCAUGGCUCUCCCUUGGGUGCUCCUCAUGGUCACCACAGCCCUCAUUCCUCACAGCGUGCUCCCCUGUAACGUUGUUGCUGUCCUGGUCGGGUGGAUGUAUGGGAAAGGAUGGCUCUCUUUUCUGGACAUGUCCGAGGCCAGGGCUGGCGCUCUGGAGAAGAUGUUGCCUUUCAGGAUGUUGAAAAGCAUCAGGGGUGUAAAGUUUGUCCCUGCUUCCACGGAAGAGAGGAGGAAGACACUUCUUCCACAAAUUAAUCCAACACCUGGUUCCUACCCGGUCCAGGCUUACGCGCCAUCAUUCAGCGUUAACACUGCCAAUACUAGGGCCACUGUUUAUGAAGGCUGGUCCAAUUCAACCAGUCCUCUGCCCAGUCCCACACAACCUCUCUAUCCUCAUGGACAUGGCCCUGCACAUAGCUUUGGGCUAAGUCAUGGACACGGUUCAGAGCAAAGUUUUGGCCAAAGCUGCAGCCACAACCACAGCCAUAGUCAUGGUCAUGGUCAUAGUCAUAGUCAUAGUCAUAGUCAUAAUCAUGGUCAUGGUCAUAGUCAUGGUUAGUCAUUUGACUGCUUUACUCCAACCAUAAAUGACCCUUUAUCUACAGUGUUUUUCAUUGUUAAACACGUAGGCACGUGCAGCAUCUUAGGUCAUUGGAUUGUGCCGUCUACAGUGUCAAAUGACAGGACCAGGAGGCAGUUUCCCAGGCAGAAAAAUGAAACCACUGGCCAAAACCUGCAGUUCAUCUAAUGACCACAAAAUAGAGCCAAUAACCAUGUUAAAAUGCUCAACUUAAAAGCAGAAAUAAAUCAGAUCCAUCCCUCGCUCCUCCACAGCCUCAGCCACUUGUCUAAAUAUUGUCACUUCUGGCUCAAAACAAAAAAAAAAAGCUGGCAAUGGCCAAAAUGCUGAACUCAAAGCUUCAGAGCAGCAGUCCACAGACCAGUGGCUGACAUCACAGAAGCUACUUCCAUUAUUUAUCCAGUCUAUGGGUUGGACACAUUGUUAAGCUAAUAUUACAGUACACUUCAACAGUAUUCAUAGAUUGUCUGUCUUGCUGUAUAACUUUUAUUGAUAUUUUCAUGAAUGUUUAAAUGUUACGGGUGACUUUUGUACUUACAUUUAAAAAUAUACUUAUUUUGUACUAUUUUGUGCAAAUUCAAGACUAUAUUUUCAGCAUGUGCAGGAUAACAUAUUAAAAUGUUUUCAAACAACAGAUGUGUGAAUGUAUGCAAACUGGAAUAAAGUUCCCAAAAUUUUCUUGAAA